AUGAUAUUAAUUCUGGAGAUAUUAUAUUAGAUGGUUUAUCAAUUUAUGAUUAUGACCUUAAAUUUCUUAGAUAAUAAAUCUCUAUUGUUUCUUAAGAACCUUAAUUAUUUAAUGAGUCGAUUGCAUACAAUAUAAGAUAUAAUUUAAAAAAUAUUAAUCAAAAUGAUAUUAUUUAAGUGUCAAAAUAAUCACUAGCUUAUGAAUUUAUAAUGUAAGAAUAAUGUGAAGAUUAAACAAAUUCAGGAUUUAAUAAAAAAGUUGGAACGAAAGGUACUUUAAUAUCUGGAGGUUAAAAGUAAAGGAUUGCUAUUUCUAGAGCUUUAUUAAGAAAUUCUAAAAUAUAUUUGUUUGAUGAAUCUACCAGUGCUUUAGAUUCAAAUGUUGAAUCUUUAGUAUAGUAAUAGUUAGAACAAUGCUUAAAGGAUAAAACUUCUAUUAUUAUUGCUCAUCGGAUGUCUACUAUUAAAGUAAUCAUAUAUUUUAUUUUAGAAUUGUAAAAUAAUAUAUGUAUUUGAUAAAGGUUAAAUUAUUGAAUAAGGCAAUUAUAAUUAUUUACUCAGCAUAAAAGGCCAUUUUUUUAGACUCGAAUAAGGACUUUUAAAUUAAAAUUUAGAAAAUAAAAUAACUUCCCAUGAAUUAUUAGAUGAAUGAUUUUAUGUGUUUUUUAUAGUAAAGAAUAAGUUAAAUUAAAAUUUUCAAAUUACUAUUAAAGUAAAUUAUUAUAUCAUUUACAAUGUUCAGCUAUGAGUUCUGGAUACAUAUUAAAAGUUAUAAGAGUAGAUACUUACAGAAUAGAGAAAAAGAAAUUUAAAAAUGCACCAUUUAUCAAAAAUCAACAAAAAAGUUGAUCUCUAUACAUAAGCAAAGAACCAAACUCAAUCACAGUAAUAAUAGUAUCUUGGAUUACAUAGAGAAAUUUAUUAAAACAAAUGAGUGA